AUGAGUGAAGAUUUUUCAAAAUUGUUGGGUUUGAGAGGACAAUUUGUUGGCCGUUUGGAUGAAGACAUAAAGCAAAAUGAUGAAAUAAUUGAACAAAUUACUACAAGUAAAAAAGAAAUCGAAAGUCUCAUUGAUAAUUUGAAAUCACUGAAAACAUAUCCUGAACAUGAAUCACUGAUUCCAUUGUCGAAAAACAUUUAUAUGAAGGGAAGGAUCAUCCAUACAGGUGAAUGUUAUAUCAGGAAAUUAGCUCAUCCAGAUUCUUUCAUAAUUUUACAAUCAGUGGAUCAAACCUUAAAAACAUUGGAAGAUAAGGCUAACCAUAGGAAUGAUGAAAUUGAAAAAGCAGAGUAUGCCAAAUUUCAAUUGGAAGAAAGAAUAAAGGUAUUAAAAGGGGAAGACAGCUCUGAAGCUGAAACAAGUGAGAUGCCAAUGGAAAUAAAAUCUGAAAAAGGAGUUGCUAUCAAAGUUGGAGACUUUUAUGAAAUACUUGAAGUUGAAAAUAAUACUGUGGAGUCAUCUCAGAUUUGA